AUGAUAAGUCCAAAAGAAGUUUUUUAGUAAAUGAUGAAAUCUGACAACUAGUAUCAUAUAUGAUUCAUAUUCGUAAGAUUUGUAAAUAAUUCAACCCAAAGUUCAUUUAAUACCUUCAAAUAAACAUUAUCUAGUUUGGGAUUUAAUUCACGUAUUAACAACAGUUCCAUAAAUGAAACAUCUGUUAUAACAACUAUAAAUUAAGCAUCAAAUUAUCAAUAAUAUGAAAGUACAAAGUCUUUAAAUAAAAUUGAUGAAUGGUAAAAAAGGCAAGAUUAGUUUGUUGAAUAAAUGAUCUAAUAAAAGUAAAAGAUAAUGUAUAUUCCAAAUUAUCCUACAAAAUAAUCAUUUGAUUUAAGAUCAAGAUUUGAAUAACAUAAUGCUUAAUUUCUUUAAAUUAAUAUGUCACUUGAUAACAAAUUUUAAAGAACUCCAUCAUUAAUAGCACAUAUGUUAGAUUCAUAAAUUAUGUCUGAUUUAAGUGAACAUCAAAUAAUUAAAUCAAAAAUAAAGGAUGAUGAAUAGAAAAAGAAAUCAAACCUUAAAACUUCAGCAUAAAAGGCUCUUGAAAAAAAAUCUGUAAAAAUUGAAGAAAAGAGAAAAUCAUAAUCAGAUGCUAAAUAAGAUAAAAAAUCAAGAGCAUCAAAAAGUGAAGUUAAAUCACCAAAGAGUUCUGAUGGAAAAUUAAAAAAGUAAAAAAGCAAUUCAAGUAUAUCAUUACCAAAAAAAAAGAGUUCAAAACCAGGAAUAGAAUCAGUAGAUUCUUUUUUAAAAUAAUCAGCCAAAAAAAAAAAAUGA